AUGCCUCCCUUCUCUAUUAUUGCGCUCAUAAUAGCCGGUUGUGCAUUGGGAGCAUCUGCGAAGCUUGACAUACGCAAAGAGGAACCUACCGUAUUCACAGCCAAGGAGAUAUAUCGCACUCUCAUCCCAGAGUCUCCUUAUAUAGUUGAUAGGACGACUACGAUUACCUGGACAGAAUUCCCCACUGCCACUUCGUCUUAA